AGUAGCGUGCCAUGUUCGGGGACCGCUGAGAGUCCCAGAAACACGGCCGCCACCAGAUUUGGGGAUCCUCCAGCGGUAUGCGCCUGGAGUACUGGUCUUCGGUGCUGAGUACUGCGGCCCUUGCAAGGUCUUCUGCAAGCGGCUGAAAGGUUUGGACCUCGAGGAGGGAAAGCAUUGGCACUACGUCGAUGCGGAAGACUUCAGCCCCAAUGGUGGUGCUGAGCUCCUUGAUGUCGUUGGGAUUCCCUUCGCUCCGCUGCCCCUCUUGGCUGUGCUGAACUCGAAGGGCGAACGAAGCUUGUUGCGCGCCGGCCAGGAGCUGCUUCAAGCAGGCAACACGGAGUUGAGAUCCUGGUUUGAUGGCAGCUACAGCACGCCCGAAAAGACACGUCCUGCGGUCUGCUACUGGCACCCUGUCCGUGAUGCCAGAACAAA